AUGAUACCCAAGAGCCGCCCAUGCAUCGGACUUAUUCCUUAUGAAAUGGAUGUGGAAAAAAUGUCUGCUGUCAAUGAGCUGGUUGAUAGAUACUUAAUCCGUGCACGAUACAUUCGAAACAUGGCAGAGAACUCGAUUAAUAAUAUUUGUAAUGGGCAUUUUGCUGUCAUGCACUGGAGGAAUAAAACAGGAGAAAGGGGUGCCAAAACAUGGGAUAGCAGGUUUCUUAUACAUGAUAUCUCUCGGCGUAUCAGCGUAAUCCGUUUAUUGGUAAAAAUGGAGGAAUGCGAUAUACAAUUAGCUCCAGAAAAUAGUCUACCGAUUGUGGCGUUGGCUAGUCGACCUGGUUGUGGCAACACAUGGACGAGACAUUUACUUGAAUUGGCCACUGGAAUAUACACUGGGAGUGUUUAUCGUAAUAUGAUGCUGUUCCGCAAUGGUUUUCGUGGCGAGACAGAAGACCUCAAAAACGGCAGAACUGUUGUUGUCAAGACACACAAGUAUGACAAAACGCAUAUAAAUUUGUUUGAGAAAGCCGUUGUAUUGUUUAGAAACCCAUACAGUUCUAUCCUAGCAGAGUUCAAUCGAGAAAAAGCGAAUGAGACAAGAAACGCACCAGUCGAAUCAUUUCUUGAAGAAGGCUGGUUGGUACACGUCAACACUCAAGUUCAAUGUUAUGAAAAAUUUGCAAUAAAUUGGUUAAAAAGCAAUGUGUCGAUACUGGUAGUCCAAUAUGAGGAUAUACAAACCCAUUUACUUCAUGAAGUGGACAGAAUGGUUACAUUUUUAAACGUUAGUUCAAGUCAUUUGAGAACUGAUUGCAUUCUAGCAGACACUACGGGUAAAUUCAAGCGUUCUAAAAAUGAUAAUUUAAUUCUGAAUAUAGAUCCAUUCACUAGUAAAAUGCACAAGGAUAUAGAUGAUCUGAUAAUAAAAACAAAUUCACUGCUCAGAAGAAAAGGCUUUCCACUAAUACACACAAAUGUUACUGCCUCGCUAAUAUUGUAA